UCGAAAAGGUUGUGGAAGGUUUGAUCGAGCUGACAGACCCUCGAUUCACAAAAUUACGGAAUGAUUUCUCCUAUUUUCUUACUCGUACUCAUACGUGUAGGAAAUCCAAGAGAAUUCUAGAAAGCCCACAAAUACAUCUGUACACUGCUCUUGUUGACGUCUUCUUUAAACCUUUUGAAUGGUCAUUCAACCUUCUUGAAAAUGUUCUAUUCGCAUCAAAUUCUGACAAGAAAAGGCAAGCUCGGAAUCAUAUGGCUUGCAGCGAAUUACGACGGCUCCAGACGGUUCCUAAGCUCAAGAGAUUUUCGCAAAGUGAACAUCGUUAAAGCAUGCAACGAGAUUAUAAACCCCAAGUUGCCAUUCGCCCUGCGUUUGUCCUCAACUUUGCUAGUGGGCGUUGUUCGUGUACACAGAGAGCAAGCAAGAAUAGUGCUGGUUGAGGCCACAGACAUGAUGAAGGCUGUAAAAGACCUUUUUACAAAACCAUCUGCUGAUGAUCUACAAAUGGACCAACCCGUUAGUGAUAAGGUAUUGACACUGCCUCUGUUGCUUGACUAUGAGUUUGAUCUGCCCGACUUCUGUGAAGACCGUGUUGUGAAUGAACAUCUGAUAGCCUUAGCAAAGUCUGAUAGAUACCUGCGCAUGCCACUCCCUCUGUCUCCGUUUCUCACUCUCCCCUCCCCCAUAUCUUCGCCUGAGCAUCGGAUGUCCACUGGGGGUGGUAGUGAGAUUAUGAGAAGUCCCUUCCAAGCGGAGGCAAAAGACAUCACAAUAGCUGAGAUAGAUUUCACCAAGCUCUCUCCGGAUAUCAUCCAGAUUCCAGGUGAGCUUGAUAUCGAUGGUGAGUCGCUGCUAUCUGGAAAUGGCAUUGAGAUGGUCCCUCCGACCAAACCAAGGGCCCCUCGUGAGCCCUCCAGCAAGCAGCCUCGAGCUAAACGCGGUGAACUGGAUCGAGGGCAAACAGGACCAGACCUUCAGAGUCCCGAGGACAUUGCCAUGGCAGACGCCCCGGAAGACGCAGCAGUAGUUCUAUUUGAUCAAGCUACCGGUACAUUCCAGGCUACACCAGAUCUUCCUCCUGUUCCUUCGACGCCUGACACAAAAAUUUCCGAGGUCCGUCCAGGGUUUGCCACGCCCGAGGUUCGUGAGGAUGAAUUGCAGCCCGUGUUGCCUUACACCCCGCGGAAGAGAAAGCUUGCCAUUGACCAUAACAUCAGGCUCAGUAGCAAGGAAAUGCGAAAAAACUUCAGGCUCGCGGAUCGUCUUUCCAAGGACAAGCUGGUGACCUCUUCACGCAUGCGUGACGCAAAGGAACUCUUCGGUGCACCUUGUUCGAACGCCCUACAAGCAUCGCCCAUCCGUGAUCUCUGGAAAGAGAACGCGAUAGUUACGCCGAUGGAGUUUUCAGAGCUUCCUUGGUCUGUCGAGGUACCCGUUACCUUGGAGACGAGCCCCAACGCAGGGAAAGCACUGGAGGCCCCGGGUGAACCAGCGGAUGCAGGGGAAGUAGAAGAGGAGGGAAUCUCCGGCAUUGAAUUGCUGAGGGCACAACCUGGCGAGGAGGCAUCUUCAUUAUUUGAACAGUCUUCGAGGCUUGAUGUCACGCCGGACGUGCAGCCUUCAGCUUCCAGGCGUCAGUCUCGAGACAAAUCUCUCAGCGCUGAGAAAAUUGAUGACAUACCAUCGGCAAUUCAUAGGAGAAGGGCUUCUUCGCUCGUUCAUAUAGGUCCACUCUCGCCGAUUGCAGACGAGGAUUUUGAGCCCCUCCAUGAGAUCGAGGAGCAAGCAACUUUCCUGAGCGACGAGGAGCAAGGUGCAGACUUUGGCAUGCCCGAAAAAGCAGCUUUAGAAACACUAAGUGUUAUAAGGCGAGUAAUGGGCGAAGAUCCUUCAAUCUCAUUGGAUGAACUCCUGCCUUUCACAACAAGUAGAAAAGUGGUUGCUAGGGUCUUCUACCACAUGAUGGCGCUGACAUUUUCUGGUAUCCUUGAGUUGACGCAAAGUGCACCGUUCGCUGACAUUACCAUCUCUCAAGGCGUUGCCUUUUAAAGGUUGAUACAUUACAUCCUCCUUGAUAUGUUUUUCAUCUAAAAUGUCAAACUAUUUUA